AUGGAAUUUUAUGUUAAACAAUUGAUAUAAUAUUUUAAAAUCUCAUGUUACGAAAAUACAUUUAACAUUAGUGCUUAAUUCUUCAAUUAAUCAAAGUUCACUUCAAAUCUAUUAGGAGAUGCUCAUAAUACUUUUCGUCUUACACAAAAGUAUGAUAGAUAUGUUUGGUAUAAUUUAAUGGACAUUCUAAACAGCAGACUGAUUUAGGAGGCUUUUAUUGCAAAUAUAGCAACAUACUCAGUCUAAUAAAACAAGGUGAAUUAUCAGCAAUAUAAGUCAAUAACUUACAAGAAAUGAGAAAGAAUACAUUUUACAAGAAUGUAUUAUGAUCUAAAAUAUAUAGCCAAGAACAAUCAAAAAUUAAAUCAUCACAAAUUAACCAUUAAUAACAAAUAACGAAAACCUGAACAAUUUUAACUAACAGAG